GGGGUGUGGGGGGGCUGUGGAGGGUUGGGGAGUUCAUGGGGCAGCCCCGAAGAGGAGAGGCCGAAGGGCACAUCUGCUGGGGAUUAUAGCGGGGUGCAUGGGCUUGUGCUUUGCACGUGGAAGAGACUGGAGACUGUGUGGGAGGAGAUUAAAAAACUCGAAGCUAAGAAAGAGGAAGUCUCCAGUCAAGUGAAAUAUCUUGUGGAAACCCAGGACGAGAGUUCACUGCAGUCGCUUCCCGAUUACCACGCGCUGCGGGGCCAGGGUCGGGAAAUACGGCGCCAGCUCAACUCCCUGUACCGGGAAGAGGUGGAACUGGAUGAAAAAUACUAUCUGAAGGCUCUGAAGCUGCCUAACCAGACACACCCUGAUGUGCCCAUUGGCGAUGAGAGCCAGGCGAGGGUGCUGGAGGUCAUGGGAGAGAAACCAGCUUUUGAUUUUAGGGUGAGGGGGCAUCUGGAAAUCGGAGAGGAGCUGGAUAUCAUCAGACAAAAGCGCCUCUCCCACAUCUCAGGCCACCGCUCCUAUUACCUGCGUGGGGCUGGAGCACUGCUGCAGCAGGCCCUCGUGCAGUUCACCCUCAGCAAGCUGGUGAAACAGGGCUUCAUCCCAAUGGCAGUUCCUGACCUGCUGCGAGGAGCCGUGUUUGAAGGCUGCGGCAUGCAGCCCAACGCCAGCCCCUCCCCAGUGUACAACAUCGACCCCUACCGNNCUGCCGAGGCAUCACACUCUUCUGCGGCCCUCACCGGGUCCCCUUUUCCAGGCUACUUCAUGGAUCACGCCGUGAGUUGGAAGGACUUGCCCGUCAGGACCGUGUGCUCCAGCACGUGCUACAGAACCGAGACGGACACCGGCAAGGAGCCCUGGGGGCUGUACAGGGUCCAUCAGUUCACCAAGGUGGAGAUGUUCGGGGUGACGGCAGCGGAGAGCGGGCAGGAGAGCACCGCCCUGCUGGAGGAGUUCCUCGCCCUGCAGAAGGAGAUCUUCUCCGCGCUGGGGCUGCACUACAAGGUCCUGGAUAUGCCCAGCCAGGAGCUCGGGCUGCCCGCCUACCGGAAAUACGACAUCGAAGCCUGGAUGCCCGGCAGGGGCAAGUACGGUGAGAUCUCCAGCGCCUCCAACUGCACCGACUACCAGAGCCGGCGCCUGAACAUCAUGUACUACGACCAGACGCGGCAGCUCCACUACGCGCACACGGUCAACGGCACAGCCUGCGCCGUCCCGCGGGUGCUGAUCGCUUUGCUGGAGUCCAAGCAGCUCAAGGAUGGCAGCGUCCGGGUCCCCACGAUCCUGCAGCCGUUCCUGGGCACGGAAGUCAUCAGCAAGCCCAGCUAUGCCCCCUUGAGGUACAUCGGGCCCAACCAGCCUGGCGGGGGCUGUGCCGCCAGCCGGGAGCCGCUGGGACCCCAUUCUCUGCCGCUGUCCACCCAGCGCUCGGAGGAAGAGGAAAAGGUUAUCAGGUGCAUCACGGACGUGCUGGCUGACACCCUGGCCAAGCCCAGCCCGGUUCCGGUCGCCAGCGGCUGCCUGAAGGUCCUGAAGAAAGACGAGAGGGUCCUGGCCAUGCUGCAUCACCAUUACCUGCUGAAGGAGCUGAGGGAGCUGGUACAUGAAGAGAAUGCUGCCCACCCCCCCAGCCGCGGCGCCUGGCCCCAGAGGGAGGAGGGCCCUGCGGGGGACGUGCUGAGGAAGCGGGACGAGACGGUGCAGGAGGAGCGGGAGCAGGAGGGCGAGGCCCGGGAGGAGUACGAGAAGACGGAGCGGGUUGAGGAGAAGGUGAAGGAGGAGAAAGUCUCGCACGGGGCGGGGGGCGCCCAGGAGCUGGCGGAGGGCGAGGAGGAGGAGGAAAGGAAGAGGGGGCACGAGGAGGCGAGACGGGCGGCGCCAAAGGCGAGGGAGACCCGGGGCCCCGGGGCCCGUAAGAAAACGGGGCCACCGGCCAAGCGGCACGUCAGCAUGGAGGACAGCUCGGAGGAGGAGCGGACGUACCACCCCGCAGGCCAGUACCACGGUGGGCACGAGGCCUGGGAGGAGGAGGAGGAGGAGGACGAGGAGAAGCGCUCGGGCCCAGCCCAGAGGAAGGGCAGCCCGGCCAAGCGCAUGGCGGAGAAGGCCAGCGACGAGGAGACAGCCCAGUUCGAAAGCGGCACGUCAGCAUGGAGGACAGCUCGGAGGAGGAGCGGACGUACCACCCCGCAGGCCAGUACCACGGUGGGCACGAGGCCUGGGAGGAGGAGGAGGAGGAGGACGAGGAGAAGCGCUCGGGCCCAGCCCAGAGGAAGGGCAGCCCGGCCAAGCGCAUGGCGGAGAAGGCCAGCGACGAGGAGACAGCCCAGUUCGAGGCGGAGGAGAAGGGCGUGA